AUGGACAGAUACACUCCAAAAGAACGUGCUGAAAUUGUGCAGCUAUACACCCAAAAAAAAUUCUCAAUUGUGCAAACACAACGUGAAUAUCGAAAAAUAAAGAAAGUGAAAACUGCACCGACUGACGUUACCAUACGACGUUUUUACGCGAAGUUUAUUGAUCACGGCAAUCUUAAUGAUGCCAGCCACGCAUCCAGAAUGCGCACAUCACGCUCCGAUGAAAACAUCGCGCUCGUUCAAGCCAGUGUUGAUGCCACUCCAACAACUUCGACCAAACGCCGUUCUAAGGAAUUGAACAUCCCGGAAACCACUUUGAGACGCAUUAUUCGUAUAGAUUUGAAGUUAUUUCCGUACAAAAUUCAAAUGGCACACAAAUUAAACCCAGCCGACUAUGUGCGUCGUGUCAAUUAUGGCAAAUGGGCUGUGGAAAUGGCUCGAAAUCAAAGUGACUUCUGGCAAAAAAUCAUUAUGUCGGAUGAGGCACAUUUCUCAUUAUCUGGAGGUGUAAAUAAACAGAAUUGUCGAUUCUAUGCCACUGAAAACCCACAAAUAAUUCAUGAAAAGCCUCUUUACGAACAAAAAGUCACAGUUUGGUGCGGUAUUUGUGCAACAAUGAUCAUUGGGCCGUACUUUUUUGAAAAUGGUGCUGGUGCUAUCGAAACCUUCAAUGGCGACCGUUAUCGAGCUAUGAUAACCGAUUGUUCGUGA